AUGCUCGCCACCGCGGCCCGUUGACUUUUUUUUUCUUUUUUUUUUUUUUUUUUUCCCCGGGCCGCCCCGGCGGCUGCGUACUGGCUGUGGGAUGGGAAGUGAAGCCCCAGCGAGCGGCUGCGGCGGGGCUGUGCGGAGCAGCCAGCGGGAGGCGGCGGCAGCGGCGCGGCGGUGAGCAGCCGAGAGCGCGGAGCCGGCGGAGGGAGCACCUGCAGGCACAGGCGGCGGCUCCACCAUGGCGAUUCGCAAGAAGAGCAACAAGAACCCGCCACUGCUGAGCCACGAAUUCGUGCUGCAGAAUCACGCGGACAUCGUCUCCUGCCUGGCGAUGCUCUUCCUGCUGGGGCUUAUGUUCGAGAUAACAGCAAAAGCAGCCAUCAUCUUUGUUGCCCUUCAGUAUAACGUUACCCGCCCCGCAACAGAAGAACAAGCUACUGAAUCAGCAUCCCUUUAUUACUAUGGUAUCAAAGAUUUGGCUACAGUUUUCUUCUACAUGCUAGUGGCGAUAAUUAUUCAUGCCAUAAUUCAGGAGUAUGUGUUGGAUAAAAUUAACCGACGGAUGCACUUCUCCAAAACGAAGCACAGCAAGUUUAACGAAUCUGGUCAGCUCAGUGCAUUCUACCUUUUUGCCUGUGUGUGGGGCACAUUCAUUCUCAUCUCCGAAAACUAUAUCUCAGACCCGACUAUUCUGUGGAGAGCGUAUCCCCAUAACCUGAUGACAUUUCAAAUGAAGUUUUUCUACAUCUCUCAGCUGGCGUACUGGCUCCAUGCAUUCCCUGAACUCUACUUCCAGAAAACCAAAAAAGAAGAUAUCCCUCGUCAGCUCGUGUACAUUGGUCUUUACCUCUUUCACAUUGCUGGAGCUUAUCUUUUGAACUUGAACCACCUGGGCCUUGUUCUUCUGGUGCUGCACUAUUUCGUUGAAUUUCUUUUCCACAUUUCUCGUCUAUUUUAUUUUAGUGACGAGAAGUAUCAGAAAGGGUUUUCUCUCUGGGCAGUUCUUUUUGUUUUGGGAAGACUUCUGACCCUAAUUCUUUCAGUCCUUACUGUUGGUUUUGGGCUGGCAAGAGCGGAGAAUCAAAAGCUGGAUUUUAGUACUGGAAACUUCAACGUGUUGGCGGUUAGGAUUGCUGUUCUGGCAUCCAUUUGCAUCACACAAGCCUUCAUGAUGUGGAAGUUCAUUAACUUCCAGCUUCGGAGGUGGAGGGAACAUUCUGCCUUCCAGGCCCCACCUGUGAAACGGAAACCAGCCGUGACCAAAGGCAGGUCUUCCAGAAAAGGAACAGAGAACGGUGUGAAUGGCACAGUCACUUCAAAUGGAGCUGACUCUCCACGGAACAGGAAAGAGAAGUCUUCGUAAUGGAUCGGAAACUGACUGAUUAAUGUCCCCCAAAGAAUCUGCUUUCUACUCUAUCUUUCAGCACUAGCAUUUUUUUCUGUUCUUGAAAAUACAGUUUAUGCUCUUUGAUUUUUGCUGUUGUACUGUUCCUGCAUCGUAAAGGGCAUUUGAGGGGAGGAUGAUUACUCUGAGUGAGAACAUAUUUUAGCUUAGACUCAGCUACCUGCCUUCAAAAUAGUUUAGGGACCACUUUUGUUCUUUCUUUCUUUCUUUCUUUCUUUCUUUCUUUCUUUCUUUCUUUUUUGUCUUUGUGUGUGUGUGUGUGUGUCUUUAGUGUUUUUUCUAAUGGUUUGGGGAGAAACCAUUUACAACCCCCACACACACACACACACACACAUAACCAGUGAACAUUUUUCUUGCUCUCACCAAUUUUUUUACAAUAUUAUAGCAAGGUGACCUAUUCUAAGAAGGUCAUAUUUUUUAAGUUGUCUUUCAGGGUCAAAUGGAAAUACUAUAAAGUCAGAUGUCAAACUUUUAAUGUUUUCAGUGUUCUCUAAUUUUUAGAAGUUUUUUGUAGCCUUUACACCUGGAAAAAAAAAUUUGUAAAAUUACCAAAAUAAUUGUGUGCUUUAUUUUCUAAGUCAUGGUUGUACAUGUUACAUCCCAUUAAAAAGUACUGAUAGCUACUGCAAGAUUUAUUGCCAUCUAUUGGAGCAGAUGUCAUCUAUUGAAACAGAUGUCUUAUUAACACAAGGAAGUGUGAAGUACUUAGGAAAUGAAGUCUUUUUGUGCAUUUUCAACAUUUAUCAACUGGCAAUCAGAAAAUGUUUACUGUGAAGAGGAAUAUUCAACUUACAUAGACCUUUUUGAUAUGUUUGGUAGUGAUUCUUAAUGGGGCUUGUUGUAAGUUUGAUACGUAUAGCAUCUUAAUGAGAUACCAUUUAACCUGCAAGCCCUUUUAAAAAGUAAUGCCUACUUGAUUUCUAUCUAUUAAAAAAAAAAAAGGUGUCAGGUAAUUAUAUUUGGGAAACUAAUGCACUAACUUUAAAGAAAUUGAAAAUUCAGGUGGAUAGUCUUAACAGAAGACAUGCUUUAUGUUAUAGCUUUGGACCCAUCUUUAAUUGAGAAAUGUUUAUCUGUAUAAAACAUAUUUUUGGAUAAAUAUAUAUACAUAUAUAUUUGUAUCUACAGAAAGGCUCUAAAAAGCAUUUGCGUAAACUCCUGGUUCCCUUUUCUAUGCUUGUGCUCGCAUCCUGCGCUUUGUCUGUCAUGUCAUUCAGCACAUGCAGUGCUCCAUUGGUCCCGUUUCUCACUCUGUCACCAGCUAAAAAAUGUCCGUGCCAUGUUGAAUAUAUAAGCUACAAGCCUCAGGCCUGUGGUUAAGUUGCCACGCUGCUAGAACAUGCUUUCUCUUCUCUAGCUGAUUACCUACUUCCUGGGAAAAGUAGUCGCUCUCUGUAGCAGUACCAAGUUUGAGUGGAACCAAAUUUCUGUCCUUAAAACUGGCAUUAUAUUGAACUAUACAUUGAGAAAUCGAAAUAAAAAAUUUUUAGUUUCACAA